AUGAAAGGCAACUUCACCCCUGCCUCCAUCAACAAAAACGUCACCAGCAGUCUGGACUUCGGACUUGGGAACAUCUCUGGCAAUGACUCUACCUUUAACUGCUCACAUAAGCCAUCAGAUAAGCAUUUAGAUGCAAUUCCUGUUCUCUACUACAUUAUUUUUGUGAUUGGAUUUCUUGUCAAUACUAUUGUGGUUACACUGUUCUGUUGUCAAAAGGGCCCUAAAAAGGUUUCCAGCAUUUACAUCUUUAACCUGGCUGUGGCUGACCUACUGCUUUUGGCCACUCUUCCUCUCUGGGCAUCCUAUUAUUCUUACAGAUAUGACUGGCUCUUUGGACCUGUGAUGUGCAAAGUUUUUGGUUCUUUUCUGACCCUGAACAUGUUUGCAAGCAUUUUUUUUAUCACCUGCAUGAGUGUUGAUAGGUACCAAUCUGUCAUCUAUCCCUUUCUGUCUCAAAGAAGAAAUCCCUGGCAAGCAUCUUAUAUAGUUCCCCUUGUUUGGUGUAUGGCCUGUCUGUCCUCAUUGCCAACAUUUUAUUUUCGCGAUGUCAGAACCGUUGAGUAUUUAGGAGUGAAUGCUUGUGUUAUGGCUUUCCCACCUGAGAAAUAUGCCCAAUGGUCUGCUGGGAUUGCCUUAAUGAAAAAUAUCCUUGGUUUUAUUAUCCCUUUAAUAUUCAUAGCAACAUGCUAUUUUGGAAUCAGAAAACACUUACUGAAGACCAAUAGCUAUGGGAAGAACAGAAUAACGCGUGACCAAGUCCUGAAGAUGGCAGCUGCUGUUGUCCUGGCGUUCAUUAUUUGCUGGCUUCCCUUCCAUGUUCUGACCUUCCUGGAUGCUCUGGCCUGGAUGGGCGUCAUUAGGAGCUGUGAAGUUAUAGCAGUCAUUGACCUGGCACUUCCUUUUGCCAUCCUCCUGGGAUUCACCAACAGCUGUGUUAAUCCCUUUUUGUAUUGUUUUGUUGGAAACCGGUUCCAACAGAAGCUCCGCAGUGUGUUUAGGGUUCCAAUUACUUGGCUCCAAGGCAAGAGAGAAAGUGUGUCAUGCCGAAAGAGCAGUUCCCUUAGAGAAAUGGAGACCUUUGUGUCUUAA